UCUGCUUUUAACUUCCUCUCUCAAGCCAGAGAAGAUAAAUACUUAUGAAACAAUGUCAAAAAUGUUAAUGUGGUGACUCUCACUUCCUCUACUCCUUACUUACCCUGCUCCAGUUUGCAUACUCACUGCUGUGGGGCACAUAGUCUGGGGAAGAGUGCCCUGUGUUUUACAAGAGAGAUUUGCCCAAGAGUGUACAGCUUGCCAUGUGUUCAUAUUGCCACCUCUACUUCCAGAAAAUGCCAGGAUGGUCCCUUGGAUGGUCAUGGCUCUGAUUAUGGCCACAACCUUCUUUUCCUGCCCAGACCCUGGAAGUUGUCACUCUUGUCUAGAGGUUUUUCCGAGUAUUGAGUACCAAUGCAUGGACCAAAAUUUCUCUAAAGUCCCAAUGGAUAUACCUGCAUCCACCCAGAAACUGGACUUGAGCUUCAACCCGCUGAGGUCUUUGGCUCCACGAAGUUUUUCCAGGAUCACUGAAUUGAGAAUACUUGACUUGUCCAGAUGUGAUAUUCAGAAGAUUGAGGAUGACACUUAUGAGGGCCUGCAUAAUCUUUCCACUUUGAUCCUGACAGGAAAUCCAAUCCAGAGUCUGGGAAUCAGAGCCUUCUAUGGUCUGCCAAAGUUACAGAAGCUGGUUGUUGUAGAAACAAAUCUCAUGUCUUUAGAAGAUUUCCCCAUUGGACAUAUCAUAACCCUGCAGGAGCUACAUCUGGGUCAUAAUUCCAUCAGUUCUCUCCAGUUACCCAGUUAUUUUGCCAGUUUCAGCUCCAUGAAGCAUCUGGACCUUCAUCUGAAUCAGAUAAAAAAUAUUUCUGAUGGAGAUUUGGAGCCUGUAAAACUGAAUCCCAAUCUUACCCUAGAUCUUUCUGAGAAUCCUAUUCAAUAUAUCCAUCCAGGUGCCUUUAAGGGGAUUCACCUAAGUGGACUAAAGCUGAGAAGCAGUUUUCACAACUCAACAAUCAUGGAGGCUUGUAUUAAGGGAAUGACUGGUUUAAAAGUUGGUAAGUUGGUCCUUGGAAACUACAAAAAUGAUAUCCAAAUGACCAGCUUUGAGAGCAGUAUCCUAGAUGGAUUGUGUGAAGUGGACAUUGGUGAAUUUCGGAUGGUUCAACCUUCUCAAUUCCCUUCAGAUGGCAAUGGAGUUUUCAAAUGUUUAGUCAAUGUUUCUGUUCUCUUUCUGGUUAAUACAGACAUAGAUCAGCUAACUAACCUACCCAUAUUUCCUAAGUUGUUCUCCUUGUCAUUAACUGACUGCAAUUUUGAUAUAAUGCCUGAUUUGCCAUCUAUCUCUCUCCCCAGCCUUAAAGAACUCAAGGUAACACACCACAAAGAUCUCACCACUUUGUCUGAUUUGGCACUGCCCAAUCUACAGAUUCUGGACCUCAGCAAAAAUUCUUUGAAUGUUUUGUCCUGCUGUUCUGAUAAAACAUUUAAUACUCCCAAUUUGAAAUAUUUGAACCUGAGUUACAAUGCCCAUAUCUCUUUAUCUAAGAACUUUAUGGGUUUAGAGAACCUAGAAUCUCUGGACUUGCAACAUACCAUACUGAAAGAUCACGAUAAAUACCCUGCCUUUUACUCACUCAUAAAUCUUCGGUACCUGGAUAUUUCUUACACAAACACUCAUGUCAAAUUUAAAAACAUUUUCACAGGCAUGAGUAAUCUCAAACAUCUGAAAAUGGCUGGCAGCUCUUUCCAGGACAACAUCCUACAUGACAUCUUCAAGAAUUUGACUAAGCUUGUCUCACUAAAUAUUUCCUAUUGUCAGCUAGAAAGAGUAUCCCAAGAGACAAUGAGCCCUCUCCAUCAACUCCAGGUAUUGGAUCUGAGCCACAACAAACUCCAGACUUUUGAUCCAUUCAUUUGCAUGCCUCUUUUGAACCUCCAAGUCCUGAACUGCAGUUCUAACAGCAUAACAGCCCUGAAUGGAGAGAAUCUACAGGAACUAUCAAGGACUCUCAUUUCCAUUGAUCUUUCUGACAACCCAUUUGACUGUGUCUGUGACCAUCAAAUCUUCUUUCAGUGGGUGAAAGAGCAUACACAUCUCUUGAAUAGAUCUAAGCCAAUGACUUGCCAGACCCCUUCUCAUAUGAAAGAUAUCUCUGUGCAGCUUUUUGAUGAUUCAACCUGUCAUAUGAAAAAGACAGUCAUUGCUGUGUCUCUUUUGGGAAUUAUAGUGAUACUUUUGGUACUGGCCUUGGUCUAUAAGUUCUAUUUCCAUUUGAUGCUGCUUGCUGGCUGCAAAAAUAUUGGUGGAGGGGAAAGCAUCUAUGACGCCUUUGUCAUCUAUUCUAGUCAAGAUGAGGAUUGGGUGAGGAAAGAAUUAGUGAAAAACCUUGAAGAGGGUGUUCCUUCAUUCCAACUCUGCCUCCACUACCGAGACUUUAUCCCUGGUGUGGCCAUUGCUGCCAAUAUCAUCCAGGAAGGUUUCCAUAAGAGUCGGAAGGUCAUUGUUGUGAUCUCAGAGCACUUUAUCCAGAGCCGCUGGUGCAAGUUCGAGUAUGAAAUUGCCCAAACAUGGCAGUUUCUGAGCAGCCAGGCAGGUAUCAUCUUCAUCAUUCUACAGAAAGUGGAAAAGUCACUGCUGCGACAGCAGAUGGAACUCUACCGGCUACUAAACCGAAAUACCUACCUGGAAUGGGAGGACACUAAUCUGGGCAGACAUGUGUUUUGGAGACGGCUGAGGAAAGCAUUGCUAGAUGGCAGAACAAAGAAUCCUAAAGGAGCAGCUGAAGAAGAGUUCAGCCAGCCAGUGUCACCCACUUGAUGCUGGAAGCAGAAGAAAAAAAGGAUAGACAAUUCUCUUGAGUUCCAUUACUACAGUGCAAUGAGUCUCAUAGUAGUGAGAGUAGGAAGGGAUAUUAGACACUAUGUAGUCCUUCCACUUUGCAGAAGAAAAAAAGGGUAACUUUGUAUUUUAAAUUUCAAGUACUUCAAUCACAGAUGUUUAACACUGAGAUGGAAACAUGUGAAACUAAAGGGGAAAAAAGGUAGAUCUAGGUUCUAGUAAUUAGCACAGCCAUUAACUAGUCUAAGCUUUGAGCAUCUCAUUUCUUUUUUAUGAAUUUGUUUCCCCUUCCAUAAAAUGAGGAGGUUAAAGUAGUUGAAUUUUUUAGUUUUCUUCAUCUUUCAUGAUCUAUGACCAUUUUUACUACAUUAAAACACAAUUUUCCCAAAAAUUUCAUCUAAUCUAGGCAUUCCCUUUCUUAAAGGAGUUGCUCAAAGAAAAAGAGUUCCAAUCUAGAGUUCACAUUAAAAAAAUUCUGGAAAUAAAUUAAUCCUUAAAAAAAUAAGAAGAAAAAGAAGAAAUUUGAAGUGUAUAAUUUUUCCUGUAGAAAUCAGUACCAAGUUAUCCCUGUUGAUGCAUUAAAAUUGUUUGGAUAGAAUGAUUAUCCUUGGUUUUAGUUAGAAAAAGUUCUAGUUCAAAGUGGUAUGAUCUAAAUAUCAGAUUUCCUAGAGGAAGAGGAUUAAUUCUAGAGGUUUCCUUUUUCUGAAAUUCUCAAAAUACAAUGGAGAAUAUAAAUUCUGUUGCUCCUUUUUAUAAGAUUUUGGGCAGGUCUCCUGAACUUUCCUGAGCUUAGUUUACUCACCUCUAAAAUAAGAAAAAUUCAUUGUAAAGUAAGAAGAGUGGACUAGAUCAUCAAUAAGGUCAAAUCUAGCUCUGUAUUUUUGACUUAGAUCUAUGGAAAGAACACUAAGUGAUUUGGAGACAAAGGACCCAAGUUCAAAUUGUACCUCUGCUACUUACUGUCACAACUUUAGUCAAGUCCAGUAAUUUCUCUGAACUGUGAUAUCAUCAUCUAUAAUGAGAAGUUGUACUAGAUUAGAGGUCUUUAACAUUUGUGUGUGUGUGUGUGUGUGUCUGUGUGUGUGUGUGUCUGUGUGUGUGCAAGUGAAUGAUGGCCACUUUUGGCAAUCUGAAAGGGUUAAAGAGCCUUUUCAGAAUAAUAUUUCUAAAUGUCAAAAAUUAAUAGAUAGGAUUACAAAGGAAAUAGAUUAUGUGAAAUAAAUAUGUAUUUUAUUUUCUCCAUUUAAGUUCAUGCAUCUGGAAAUGUAUUUUAAUAAUAAAUUUGUUAUUUAUUUUUAA